ACUGACAAUUACAAACUUGAAAUUUCUACGUUUACAGCUAAAGUUUGUAAUUUAAUGCAAAUUUAUAGAAAAAUACUAAUAUUUACACAGUAUGAAUGCUACAAAUAAGCGAAAAGACAACAUGGAGGUUGAUAAAAAUGCCAAAAGAGUGAAAAAGGUAUGCAGUUACGGUGAUAAGUGUUACAGGAGGAAUCCAGCGCAUCUGAGGGAGUUCAGUCACCCGCAUUUAGAAGCGAUCCUUGAUGCCAGUGAUGGAGGGGACUACUCAAUCCCACCGGAGUUGAGUCUACAGCGGCAACUUGUGUUAGAACAGUUGGAGAUCAUUGUUCAGAAGAAACUAUAUGAGCCACAGAGUUCUAGCACAAGUACCACAAGGCCAAAGACUCCAGAACCUCCCUCCGUAAAACAGCCAACCAAACCAACUACAGACCACAAGCUCCCAGAGGGUUCUGAAAAGUUCAAAGAGGGUUCAAAAGUAUCAAAGGAUGCAAAGGACCUAAAAGCAGCCGAUAAAGACUCCAUAGCAUCAAGCUCUGAUAAAAAGGAGACCAGUAGAAAAGAUGAAAAAGGAAAUAACAUAACGGAUUCUGUAAAAGUUAAAGAUGACUACCGACCCAUAGUGCCUCCAAGCCGUCGCGCGACAGAGUACCUAACCGUCGUGCGCCCCGCGGGCGGCAUGGCGGCCAAGCACGCCGCCAGCGCGCCAUACCACAUCUUUUACACUACCAUAGCUUCCGCCAAGGAGACACAUAGCCAGCCUUACUCUAUCACGUUUCUAGAGAUCUUGGACCGCAGUUUGGGCGAGCUGCAAUGCUCCCUCCAAAUCAACUUCAUGGUUGAGCCGGCCUGGCUGCUGGCGCAGUACUACUUUGCUGGCUACAGCGAAAAGAAGCUAACAAUAUUGUACGGGGAAGAAUGCUCGGACCUCAAGAACAUCAGUAAGAAGAAACCUCAAGUCGAAGCCUAUCAGGUGCCCAUGGCCACGCCUUUUGGGAAACACCACACUAAAAUGAUGAUCCUUUGCUACGAGGACGGCUCGAUACGGGUGGUAGUAUCCACUGCCAACCUGUACGUCGAUGAUUGGGAGAAUAGGACGCAAGGGCUCUGGUUCAGCCCGCGCUGCGCGCCGCUGCCGCCGGACGCCAUGCCGCACGCCGGAGACUCCCCGACCCACUUCAAGAAGUCCCUCCUCAAGUAUCUGGCGCAGUACAGGACUCCCAUGCUUUCGAGAUAUGUAGCGAAGGUGCAACGAUGCGACUUCAGCCAUAUCAACGUAUUUCUGGUAGCAUCAGCUCCCGGCGGCCAUUUCGACAUGGACUGGGGUCUGACCCGAGUAGGGUCCCUUUUACGGCAGCACUGCGCCAUCCCGCGCAGCGAGCAGCAACGCUGGCCGCUCCUGGCGCAGGCCAGCAGCAUCGGCAGCUACGGCAAGGAGCCCAGGUUGUGGUUGACGGGUGAUUUUCUUCACCACUUCACGAAGAUAAAGGAGCAACCUCAAACACUAUCACAGCCCCCGGAGUUGAAACUCAUCUACCCUUCAUUAGAGAACGUGAAGCAGUCUCACGACGGCCUGCUGGGGGGCGGCUGCCUGCCGUACGCCGCCGAAGCGCACUUCAAACAGCCCUGGCUCAACAGUUUCCUUUUCCAAUGGAAAGCGAAGUCAUCUCAUCGCGACAAAGCCAUGCCCCAUAUUAAAUCGUACACAAGAACGUCUCCAGAUAAUAAAAGGGCGGCCUACUAUCUGCUGACUUCAGGUAAUGUCAGUAAAGCCGCAUGGGGCAACCUGAACAAGGGGAACGCCGCUCUCCGCAUCAUGAGCUACGAGGCGGGGGUGCUGUUCCUGCCGAGAUUCGUGAUAAACGAAGACUUCUUUCCACUGGAGCUGAAUGCUCCAAACCGUUUGGUCAUACCCUACGACAUUCCGCCCACCAAAUAUACCAGCGACAUGCAACCUUGGGUCAUGGAUUACUUGCGGUAGCCUACAGAAAAAAAUAAUUAAAACAAAUUAAUAUCAAGGAAUUUCUUUGUGACACACUUUUAUUCCUGAGUCAUUUAUAUGCAUUUCUAUCAAGUGCUUCUCGAGACGUUUCUAAUGUGCCUGAACUAGAAGUGUUUGUGUUCUUCCAUCGAGGAGUUCCUUGGGCUACUUCGACAGCAUCAUCAAGUCGGCUCCAUGUUAGUGAAUUACGGAAGGACUUCAAAUUUCAACUGAAUCCAAUAUCAGGAAGUGGUUCAAAUCUAAGUCACAAGAUUUUAAUCAAAUAUAUAUAAAAGAAACAAGUGUGACCGCGACCGGCAAAACGUCCCACUUUGUCGCUUGCCAUAAGGACGCCUUGACAGGAUAUUCGUGUAAAUGAUACAAGCAAAUCUCGUCCUUAUUGCAAGCGUCAAAGUUGGACGUUUUGCCGGCCGCGGUCACAAAUAUACGACGUGAAGCUAAAUAAGUGUUUAUAAACGCAAUGAAACGGAUGAACUGAUUUUGAUAAAACAUGUCUUAGAACCACCGUUAGAAAAUAUGGUUUCUAAUAAAAAAAACCGCAUCCAAAUCGGUACACCGUUUAUGAGUUACAGUGCCACAGACAUAAAAACACACAGCGGUAAAAUUUAUAACACCCCUUUCUGCGCCGAAGGUUAAAAUAAAAUGAGGGGACAUCGAGAGAGCGAACCAAUAAGCAUAAACUGAAAUAGUACAUUACGAUACAAGUGCGAAAAAUAGGAAAUUCGAAACGAGUGGCGAUAAAUUAAAACACGACCGAAGGGAGUGUUUUAAAUCGACACGAGUUGCGAAUUACCUAUUCGCACAUGUAUCGUACAACGAUUUACAGUACAUAUGGCCCUUUAAAUGUUCGACACAGUAACGUAAUAUGCUACUUCUCGCACUAGUGCUAUAAAGUAGCCCCAUAUGUACUGUAAAUGUAUUUUGUGUAACAGAUCAAAUGAGCUGUAAAUGUGUUUUUUGAUGUUUGAAUUAUCUCAAGUGUUAAAAAAGAAAGUUUUUUUUAAAUUAUGUAAUAAUGACGUUAAAUAUGUAAAUAAAGUUUUUUUUGACA